AUGCUAGAGACAUUGACUACGACCAAGGUGGCGUGGGCCAUUGGGCUCCUGGCCCUCACCUGGCUUGUCCGCUUCUUCAUGCGUCUCCAUUUCCAGAGAAGUCUCGUCAAAGGCCUGCCAGGCCCGCCUCAUAGCUACCUCUUUGGAAGUCUGCCUGCCGUUACAAAGGUCGUCAUGCAGCAGCCGCAAGGUGCCGCUCCGCAGACAUAUAUGCAGUGUGUGAAAGAAUACUACAAUCUGGGAGACUACUUCUAUUUCGACCCUUGGCCGAUGGGACCGCCCAUUAUGGCUAUCUUCGACGUCGAUAUGGCCAAUCAGGUCACGAUGCGAUCACCUCAAAUUCCCAAACACCCCGUCAUUGCCGACUUUAUGAAGAACUUUGGAGGUCCUGGAAAUCUAGUCAGCAGCGAGGCGGCGGAGUGGAAGAAAUGGCGCUCAGCGUUCAAUCCAGGCUUCGCUACGAGCUACCUCAUGACGACCGUGCCUAUGAUCGUUGAGGAGUGUGACAGAUUCUGCAAGCAGAUGGAGAGACAUGCCAAGAACAACGACCUCUUCAGGAUGGAGCAAGCGACCACCAAGUUGACCGUACAAAUCAUCGGCAAGAUCGUAUUGGAUGUCGAUCUUCAGGCCUGGCAAGGCCAAAAUCCUCUAUUGCAAGCGUUUAAAUCACAGGUCCGAUGGCAGAAGACCGGAGCACAGUUCCAACCGAGUGAGCUGUGGGAUAUUCGACGCCCGAUCAUCCAGCGGUACAACAACUGGAAGAUGGAUCGAUACCUAUCAGCGCGAAUUGAAGAGCGUUUUGCCUCGCGCGAGGGCAGAGGCAAGACGAGGCAUGUCGUCGACCUCGCCCUCGAGGCAUACCUCAAAGAAGUGAAGGGCACUACCGGCGACACGGAUAAAGUGAAAGGACUUGAUCCCGAGUUCAAAGAAGCCUGCAUCAGCAACAUGAAGACCUUCAUCUUUGCCGGCCAUGACACGACCUCUUCGACGAUCUGCUACGCUUUCUAUUACCUCAGCCAGAACCCCGAAAUGCUCGCACAGAUACGCAAAGAACACGACGACGUCUUUGGCCCUGAUCCAGAUGCUGUGGGCGAGAAGUUGAGGCAAGAUCCUUUCCUUCUCAACAAGUUGGACUACACUCUCAACGUAACCAAAGAAGUCCUACGCCUGCAACCCCCAGCCAGCACCGUUCGAGCAGCAGAACCAGGGUUCACCCUUCAUGAUCCCGAGACAGGCACCAAUUGGCCUACCGAUAACCUCAUGCUUUGGCCUGCCAACGUAGGAAUGCAUCGACAGAAGAAAUACUGGAAAGACCCCCACACCUUCAACCCCACCCGCUUCCACCCCAGCAACACCGAAAACAACACCGCCGCCUGGAUCCCCUUCUCGCGCGGCUCGCGCAACUGCAUCGGCCAAGAACUCGCGCUGCUCGAAACCAAAGUCAUCCUCGCCACCAUCAUCCGCAAGUUCGACUUCGCCGCGGCCUACGACGAGCUGGAGAAGCUGCAAGGGGAUGGUAGUGGGUAUCCGUGUGCGACCGAGGGGAUCCAGACGCAAUUUGGGGAGAGGGCGUAUCAGAUUCAGUUAGGGACUGCGAAACCUUGUGAGGGGAUGCCGUGUAGGAUCAGGGCGAGGGAGGGACUGUGA